AUGGAGAGGAACACCAAGUCUAGGCUUGACAGCCAUCCGGCGGCGACAGCCAGCCUCUUCACCGAUGACCUCAUUCUAGAGAUCCUCUCCCGCCUCCCCGCCAGAUCCGUCCAUCGCUUCAAGUGCGUCUCCGUGGCCUGGCGCGACCUCAUCGCCGACCCCGCCAACCGCAAGAAGCUGCCCCAGACCCUCGCCGGCUUCCUCUACAUAUCCUACCGCAGCGGGCACCGCCACCACUUCGCCAGCGUCUCGGGCGGCUUAGCCCCCUUCGACCCUUCCCUCCCUUACCUGCAGCCUAACAAGGACGAGGGCAUUGCCCAGGUGGACGCCUGCAAUGGCCUCCUUCUCUACCGCCGCUACACGAAAAACAUGGUGACCCUUUGGACAGAGGGCGAUUUCCAUUUUGUUGUGUGCAAUCCCGCCACCGGGAGGUGGCUGGAGCUGCCCCCUCAACCUCAACCGCCGGCACCCACAAACAUACAUAGCCCUACUGCAGGUCUGGCUUUUGAUCCGGUGGUCUCGUCCCAUUUCCAUGUUCUUACUUUCGAGGAGACCAAUAUGGAAGCUUAUUUGACAGGAGUGAACAUCUACUCUUCGCGUACAAGAGCCUGGAGUCGUAGGGACAGUGGGAUGGUUGAGAAAGCUACCCUUUUAAGGAGUAAAUGUGUCUUUGUCGGGGGUAUGCUGUACCUCAUGGGCAACCUGGAGGACAUGAAUGGCGAGUAUGUGCUGGUGGGGGUGGACAUGGAGGGGAAAGUAUGGAAGACUAUCCACGUGCCGUACGGUUCAAAGUUUGGUACGAUUGGAUCAUCGCAGGGGUGCUUACACUAUGCCGUAGCUUAUGUUGAUGAUAACAAUGAAACCCUAGUUUCUGAGAUAUCACUCUGGUGCCUCAAGGAUAAUGAAAGUAAAGGAUUGGUCCUGAAGCAUACCACCAGCAUCGAUAAACUUAUGAGCAUGACUGGGAAGACGUACAGGGUGGUUGAGAUUCAUCCAGAUUGCGACACCAUUUUCUUGGUUUCAAAUGACGGGGACACCUUGGCAGCGUAUGAUAUGCGACAUCAGAAAGUUGGGUAUAUACUUAAUCUUGAGAACAAUACACAACAGUUUCUACCCUAUGUUCCUAUGUUCUCAGAGCUAUUAGCAGAUGCAGAUGAGCAUUAG